UUGAAGAGGAGCCUCGUUACAGAACGGCUGCUGUGAUGAGAUCAUUGAGAAUGGCUCCUCCUCUUCCUCUGAUCUUUCUGCUCAUGAUUGUUGGAGCUUUUGGAACAGAGUGGAGUGUGAAGUACAACCAACAGGAAAUAUGUGCUUUAAAAGGAUCCACAGUGUUUAUAAAUGGAACUUAUACUCACCCAGAACAUCUUACAGUGAGAGCAGCCUUUUGGUACAUAGACCCAGUUAAGGGUGUGAAGCUGACUGAUCUGAGUAAAGACCCAGAUUAUUCAGGCAGAGUUGAGUAUUUCACUGAUGAACAGAAACACUUCUCCCUCAAACUGAGUGAUGUAAUGAAGAAGGAUGAACAUCAGUACUGCUUCAGAAUCAUAGCAAAAGUAGAUAAACAAAAAUGGACAGGUAAACCUGGAGUUCGGCUCAGAGUUACAGAGCUCCAUGUAGAAACUCCUGAAGAAGUGACAGAGGGAGAAACAGCAGAUCUGACAUGUAAAACCACCUGCAGUCUGACUGACCCAACAUUCAUCUGGUACAAAAAUGGACGUCCUUUAACCACAAAGACCAUCAAGAACAACCAGCUCCACCUGCAGACAGUCAGCAGUGAGGAUGCAGGCAGUUAUAGCUGUGCUGUAAGAGGAUAUCAACAUCUCAGCUCUACUGCUCACAACCUCAGAGUCAGAUAUCCUCCAAAGAACAUUUCAGUGUCCAUCAGUCCCUCUGGUGGAAUAGUGGAGGGCAGUUCAUUGACUCUGACCUGCAGCAGUGAUGCAAACCCACCUGUGAAGAACUACACCUGGUUUAAAGAAGGUGGAACCUCACCUGUAGGAUCUGGACAGAAUUGCAGCAUAAUCAACAUCACUGCUGACCACACUGGACUGUAUCACUGUGAAGCUCAGAAUGAACAUGGAGCUCAGAAUGGAACUGUGAUGGUCACUGUUAAGAGUCAGAGUUUGUAUGCAGUCUGGAUUGCAGUGGGAGGAAAUGCUGACCCUAAUGCUAAGGACGACACGUACACAGCUCUUCAGCCCACAGCCAGGUCCUCUGAUAAUGUGUACCACACACUUGCAGCUGUUCAGUCCAGUUCUCCUGAUGACACGUAUACAGCUCUGGACCCUCAGUCCAGUUCUCCUGAGUACCACACUCUAGCAAUAGACAGUCCAGAGACCAAUGAUGACGUCAAACCCUACUGUCUCUCAGAGUGA